AUGGCUUUCCAGGAUCUCUACAAUGCGAAUGGGUGGCUAGUUACGGCACGAGAAGGCGUUUUGGAGGUCUAUUUUGAGCAGAAUUUGGUCAAUCGAGCCGUAGUUGAAGGUUUCAAUGAAUUUCAAUGCUUUAAAUUGGCAGGUGACGGUGAUGAAGUAUUGUCGAUAUUUGGGAAAAAGGCUGGCACCGUGGUUAGAAUGUGGUUCAAUUCAGACUCCGAUGACUUACAAGAGGAGUGUGUGUUGAAUGUGAAUUUUGCGAUAUCAAGUUUUCGAGUUUUGCCCGCUGUGGGCUGGAUUUUGGCUACUGACAGUGUUGCUGGAGUUUUACACGUUUUUGAUACUCUGAACAGUCGCUACAAGGGCCAAAUAAGACUGGAUAUGGAUCACUGCGAGAUCUGUAUACGAGGUGCUAGAGAGUUUAUGGUCUUGGCGCGAAAAUUCGACCAGGAUUCGCUGAUAAUCAAGACUUUUCUGAAUACGUAUGUGAUUGACCCAGAGAAUCAGGUAAUUUUGGUUGCAAGCGUUUCGGCAGACCACCACUAUUUACCAAACCGCUGGAUAUGCAGUGGCGGGUGCUCAAACAAACAGUGGCCCUUCGCACUGGUUUCCAGCUGCAAUCUGACAGGUGGUUCCCUCAUGGAAUUCUUCGUCUCCAAAGCACAGACCCCAUUCCAGACAUUGACACUUGCAGAACCCGUUCUGGCCCACCAGAUGUGGUUUUCGACACCCUUCACCGUUGUGCUGGUGCUGCAAACGCCGGAGAAGCUUUUUCGCAUAUGCGAGUUCGAUAUCGCCACGAAUCGAGAAACUCGGUCUGCGAUGCUGCUCUUAGACGAAACCCGAACCACCUACCCAGCUAAAUUUCAAGCUGGAUUUCAGAGCCGUGGUCCAGAAAACUCCGUUGCCGAUGUCGUCGUCCUCGACGUUGUGCCUCUAUCGGUUUAUAGAAAACCGUCGUCUUUCUCUUCUUCGUUACUACGGUUUCUCGGUAAUUUUUUCAGUUCGGUUCUAGUCUUUACUCCGGAAGCCUUGCCCAACGUUAUUCUGACCUGGCAGAACGAAACUUUGAAAACAUGGCAUUGCCCAUCAGCUGUGCUAAACGUUCGUGCUGCUUUAGACCAUUCUACCCUUCUAAUUCAAUGCCGCGCCAGGGAAACUAGUAAAAAGACCGAGUUUUUCCAGAUCGAGAUUUCAUAG